GUGCUCAUUGUCUGAGGGCGGAUGGAAUUGUAGAAAGCACUUCCGGUUACUCGGAUGGCGUAAACACGGGAGCAGGAACGUUAGCUGUGGAGUUCCAGGGUGUCGCUGAUUUAAAGGAUGGAGCUGAGGCUCUCGGAUAGUUCCCCUAAUUGUGGCUUGUGGCUUUGGAGCUUUGCGUUAUGUGCCGUUAUUAUAGGUAUAUAUCCAGUUGCUUCUAUAGAAGUGUACACUUCCGUUGAGGUGUUUGUAGAAAAUGGAACUACUGGAGUACUUAAAUGUACUUUCAAAUCGAAUCAAGUGAUCAGUAGUCGAGCAUCAGUGUCCUGGUCUUUCAUUCCAGAGGGCUCUUCGGAUUCUACUGGUGAAUCUAUCUUCUACUUUGCUGGUGGUAGCGGUUUCCCAGACAGCGCUCAGUUUAAGAGCAGAGUCGAGUGGGCGGGGGACCUGAACAAAAAGGACGGCUCCAUUCGUAUCCAUAAAAUGCAGUUCUCCGACAAUGGCACUUAUACGUGUGACGUGAAGAACCCUCCUGAUAUAGGAGGCAAACCUUCCCUGACUAAGCUCAGAGUUGUCAAGAAAGACUCCCUGCCUCAGACGAGCCCAGCAGUGAUUGUGGGCGCCGUCAUCGGUGCAAUCAUCGGCGUCAUCAUCAUCGCUGUAGUCGCAUAUCUGUUAAUCAGAGUAAUGCGGUCCACCCGUGACUACGAAGGCUGCACCUCCAUAGAGAGUGCGAGCAUACAGGCGGCUCGGCCGGGGAAGAAAGCCGAGUCCAGCACAGAAGGCUCGCGUUGUAGCAGCCCCUCUGCUCCUGUACAGGGCCCGGUGAUAUAUGCUCAGCUUGAUCAUUCUGGCAGUAAGAACUCCUUCCAUAAGAUGGAGCCAGUGGUUUAUGCUGACAUCCGUAAGAACUAGAAAGAGAACCAAGUGUAGUUUUCUUUCUCUCGCUUUCUCUUUCUCUUCCAGCAACACUCCAUUUUUAAAAAAAAAAUUUUAAAUGUUUUUUUUUUUUUUUCUUGAAAUAAAUGAUUAACAUGUGUGUCAGUCAUGUCCCAUAUACUGGGAGGCUUUAAAGCAACAUGAUGUUAUUGCGCUCAGAAUUAUUACCAUGGUAAAUGCAGUUAGUGAUUUAAUUUCCCCCCCACAUCGACUCUGUGCACGCUGCUUAUUGGGUAAUUCCACCCCAAAUCACCAGAUUUAGAAAAAUGUUCGCCACUGACCAUCUCAGAUUUGCUUCAUACUUUCUGGAAAUAUUGUCAGUGUGCCCAA